AUGCAAGAAGAUUCUCACAAACUCAAUUUCUCACACACCUCAUCCUCCCUCAACACCACACACAACAACAACAACCACGAUUCUCUGACGUGGUCCCUCCCUCGUAUCGAGAUGCAGUCGCCAGUCGAUUGGUCUGUCUCGAACGAGUCCCCCAACACCCCGUCGGACUGUCGUCUAUACCUCAGUUCGGCAUCAACAUCAAUCUCUUCUCCUGGCGAGCCAACAGACAGACAAACAGCUCAGCCAAGUCAAUCAACAUCUUUUUCGCGAAAGCCUGCAGAGAAACAAGCAGCUCAGUCAGGUCGGUCGACAUCAUCUUCGCACAAGCCAGCGGAGAAACAAGCAGUUCUGCCUGGUCGACUAGAGCACUCCCACAUCACCAAGCAGCUCGGAUCUGGUGGCUUUGGCGUUGUCUACAUCGCUCGUGAGUACCACGUUGAGAAAGAUGCUGUUGUGAUGGGCCGUCAUUGCGUGGUCAAACACUUCCUGAGGUCCUACAACGGAGAAGAAGAGGCCCGAUAUGCGGAGAUUGUCUGCACGGAUAGGCCCGGAAGCAGUGAAAAAAUUGUUCGGAUGCUCCGGGCCAUGCGCUACGAAUCCGGUUUAUUCCUCAAGUACGAGCUUUGCUCCUUUGGGGACCUUGGGGACUUCACACAGGAACUGCGACGAGCCGACGUCGACAUCAACGAGCUUACAGAGCGACGCUCGCCUCCUCAGUCAUUCAUUCUGCAUGUCGCUCGCUGUCUCGCAGAGGCUCUUGCUUUCCUGCAUGAGGGCCGCACCUACCGCGAAGACGGCACCUACUUCCAGCAGCCAAACUGGCGUCCCAUCAUCCACCAAGACAUCAAGCCUGAAAACAUGCUAGUGUCCGACCGACUUCCUGGUCAAGACUAUCCCAACAUCAAACUCGGGGAUAUCGGAUGCGCACACUUUCUCGGCGACGAGAAGCCGUAUCCUGGAACGGCAGACUACCAGGCUGGGGACGGUGACCAUAGUGAGCAGGCCGAUCUAUGGUCUCUUGGUGCCGUUAUCCACAAACUGGCGACAGGUGUGGUACCUGUCGAGCAUCCCGGCAGGAGGCCCGUCAAGGACCAUAGCAGCAGCAACAGGAGGCAGUGGGAAGCGUACCACAACCGCAAGCGCGUGGUACAACAAGUCAACAAGCUCCCACAGUACGACGAUCAGCUCCAGGUCGUCAUGGAGAGCUUUCUGGUGCUGGGCGGGCCUCGCAUGUCCGCCAGUGAGGCGAUUGAGCGGGAGCUGCUCCCGGCAUACCAAGAGAUGGACGAGGAUUGGGAGCCCGUCUUCGGAUGGAUCAUGCUCCAGGAGAACAGACUGGAGGAGUUGGACCGGUUCAAGGUCCAGGCAUGGGAGCGAUGCGAACCUACGCCCCCGCUGCCUCAACCUACUUCUCCUGGUUCUUGGGGAAGCAACUGGAAGUAA